GGUGCUAUGAUAAAAAUAGGACUAACAGAUGAGUUGUCAAUGAGCCCUGAGUACUGUUCAGCUAAUGCCUACACAUUGGAGAGGGCUCUACCUCAGAUUGAGCUCAAAACCAAACCCUGACGGAAGUGAUGAAAUUGGUUAACAGCCGGCAGUAGUUCUUACGUGAAGAUGACGGGCAGCUGGGGUUCAGUGCGCCUGCGUGGUGGUGCGCGCAUGCGUACCGUCCUCCCGCCUUUUCCUGUGUCGCUUGUAAUUUGCCUCCCUGAAGCGGCGCUCAGAAAUCAUACUUGCUCCUGGGGAGUUUAAUGAGGAUGCUGAGGCCUGAGGUCCCAUCAACCUCGCCCUCAGCCCCUGCGGCUUCCAGCUCAUCACUAGAUAUGCGGUCACAGGCUCCCCGCUAUAAUUUCGGACUCCAGCAGACGCCUCAGAGCCGCACCUCCGCCCAGGCCUCGUCAUCCACCCCUCCAGGCACGUCUGGAGCCGCAGGCGACCAGAGCAGCAGUGGCACUUUUCCUCAGAGCACACUAAGCGCCCCGCCUGCUCAAGGUUCAUACUUUGGAAACAAAAGAUCUUAUGCAGAAAAAACGUUUGCGUCAAAUUUUACUUCGGGUACAAGUUCAUCUGCACGAGAUAGUAAUUAUCCUCAAAUGCUAAAAACUCCACGGUCUGCUGGAAAUCCCCAGAGAUCAGGUUAUAAAAAUUGGAUACCGCAAAUGGGAUAUUCAGCUACAUCCUCAUCUUCAGUUUCUGCACACUCCCCAUCAGUUAUUGUGGCUGUUGUAGAAGGGAGAGGACUUGCCAGAGGUGAAAUAGGAAUGGCAAGUAUUGAUUUAAAAAGCCCUCAAAUUAUAUUAUCUCAGUUUGCAGAUAAUACAACAUAUGCAAAGGUAAUCACCAAACUCAAAAUUUUAUCACCUUUGGAAAUAAUAAUGUCAAAUACUGCUUGUGUUGUGGGGAAUUCGACCAAGUUGUUUACUCUGAUCACAGAAAAUUUCAAGAAUGUUAAUUUCACUACUAUCCAAAGGAAAUACUUCAAUGAAACAAAAGGAUUAGAGUACAUCGAACAGUUAUGCAUAGCAGAAUUCAGCACUGUGCUAAUGGAGGUUCAGUCCAAGUAUUACUGCCUUGCAGCUGUUGCAGCUUUAUUAAAAUAUGUUGAAUUUAUUCAAAAUUCAGUUUAUGCACCAAAAUCUCUGAAGAUUUGUUUCCAGGGUAGUGAACAGACAGCCAUGAUAGAUUCAUCAUCAGCCCAAAACCUUGAGUUAAUAAUUAAUAAUCAAGAUUGUAGAAAUAACCACACACUCUUUGGUGUUCUAAAUUAUACUAAAACUCCCGGAGGAAGUAGAAGACUUCGUUCUAAUAUAUUGGAACCUCUAGUUGAUACUCAAACCAUUAACAUGAGAUUAGAUUGUGUUCAAGAACUACUUCAAGAUGAGGAACUCUUUUUUGGACUUCAGUCAGUUAUAUCAAGAUUUCUUGAUACAGAGCAGCUUCUUUCUGUUUUAGUCCAAAUUCCAAAGCAAGACACGGUUAAUGCAGCUGAAUCAAAGAUAACAAAUUUAAUAUACCUAAAACAUACGUUGGAACUUGUGGAUCCUUUAAAGAUUGCCCUGAAGAACUGUAACACACUUUUAUUAAGAGCUUACUGUGGUUCUUUGGAAGAUGAGAGGUUUGGAAUCAUACUUGAAAAGAUUAAAACAGUAAUUAAUGAUGAUGCAAGAUAUAUGAAAGGAUGCCUGAACAUGAGAACUCAGAAGUGUUAUGCAGUGAGGUCUAACAUAAAUGAAUUUCUUGACAUUGCUAGGAGAACAUAUACAGAGAUUGUAGAUGACAUAGCAGGAAUGAUAUCACAGCUUGCAGAAAAAUACAAUCUUCCGUUAAGAACGAGUUUUAGCUCUGCUCGAGGAUUUUUCAUCCAGAUGACUACAGACUGUACAGCCCUACCCAAUAAUCAACUUCCUUCAGAAUUUAUUAAGAUUUCUAAAGUGAAAAAUUCUUACAGCUUUACAUCAACAGAUUUAAUUAAAAUGAAUGAAAGAUCCCAAGAGUCUUUGAGAGAAAUCUAUCACAUGACUUACAUGAUAGUGUGCAAACUGCUUAUUGAGAUUUAUGAACAUAUUCAUUGCUUAUAUAAACUAUCUGACACUGUGUCAAUGCUGGAUAUGCUACUAUCAUUUGCUCAUGCAUGCACUCUUUCUGACUAUGUUCGGCCAGAGUUCACUGAUACUUUAGCAAUCAAACAAGGAUGGCAUCCCAUUCUUGAAAAAAUAUCUGUGGAAAAACCUGUUGCCAACAAUACCUAUAUUACAGAAGGGAGUAAUUUUUUGAUCAUAACUGGACCAAAUAUGAGUGGGAAAUCCACAUAUUUAAAACAGAUUGCUCUUUGUCAGAUUAUGGCCCAGAUUGGAUCAUAUGUACCAGCAGAAUAUUCUUCCUUUAGAAUCACUGAACAGAUUUUUACAAGAAUCAGUACUGAUGAUGAUAUUGAAACAAAUUCAUCAACAUUUAUGAAGGAAAUGAAGGAGAUUGCUUAUAUUCUACAUAAUGCUAAUGACAAAUCACUCAUAUUGAUUGAUGAACUUGGCAGAGGUACUAAUACAGAAGAAGGUAUUGGUAUUUGUUAUGCUGUUUGUGAAUAUCUGCUGAGCUUAAAGGCAUAUACACUGUUUGCUACACAUUUCCUGGAACUAUGCCAUAUAGAUGUCCUAUAUCCUAAUGUAGAAAACAUGCAUUUUGAAGUUCAACAUGUAAAGAACACCACAAGAAAUAAAGAAGCAAUCUUGUAUACCUACAAACUUUCUAAGGGACUCACAGAAGAAAAAAAUUACGGAUUACAAGCUGCAGCGGUGUCUUCACUCCCUCCAUCUAUUGUCUUGGAUGCCAAAAAAAUCACAACUCAAAUUACCAGACAAAUUUUGCAAAAUCAAAGGAGUACUCCUGAGAUGGAAAGACAGAGGGCUGUGUACCAUCUAGCUACCAGGCUUGUUCAAACUGCUCGAAAUUCUCAAUUGGAUCCAGACAGUUUACGAAUAUAUUUAAGCAAUCUCAAAAAGAAGUAUGAAGCAGAUUUUUCCAGCGUUGAACAAGUUUCAGGAAAGACUGAAUAAUAACAAUUCACAUCUUACACUAAUAAAAUAUCUUUAUAUAAAGAAUCUAGAAUUCAUUUUUUCCCAAGAGUCAAAGAAAUAUUUGCAAAAUUUUAUAUCUUAAUUAAAAAUUAUAUUAAACUGAAAAUUAUAUAUUCUACAGAAGAAAAUAUUUAUACUAACAAAUGAAAACUACUUAAAGGACUGAUUUUUAUGUUAGAAAAAAUUCAGUAUAAUAUGACACUUUUUUCUCAUACAUGAAAACUCAUUAAGUCUUAUGUUUAUUUAUAGUUAUAAGUUAUGGUUUAAGGUGUUAUUGUAAAUACCUUAGUUAAAAACAAACUUUCUUUGUAGGCCUGGAAACUUAUGUGAGUUUUCUUUUAUGCUCUAUUCUCAGCAAUAAUUUCUUAAUUAGUACCCCAAAUUCCAAUAGUGGAUGCUUCUGAAGUUUGUUAGACUGAUAUUGGGAAUUUUAAAGUUUUUUUUGACAUUCAGUAUAGUUCUAAAGGGUGAAAAUAAAUAGAUAUUUUGCAAUGCAAAAUUUUGUAAUGCAGAGUGUUCUUGGAAGAGGGAAUCACCAUCACCAUCCCUUUCAGUUUUCCAAAUAGCCAGAUAUUCCAUUUUCUACUCUCAAACCUCUUUUCUUUCCCAGGUUUUCAUUUUGGCCAUCUUUUCUGGGUGAGUAACCCCACAGCAACAGAAAAAUAAUACUGCUUUGUUUGCCUCAGCUGUUGGUUCACAAAGGAUAUUUUAUAGAAAUGUUUUUCCAUGGGUAUGUGGUUUAUACCACCAUUUCAGAGUUUACCCAAAGGUCAUUCUUGUUGCAUAAAUGGACCAAAGAAAAUGGAAGACCAUCAGUUGUUCAGUAAUUGUAAAGAGCUGUUGUCUUGUCAAAUACCUUAUUUCUACAAUUCUAUCUCAGUAGAUGAUUUACUCAUAUAAUCCCCAUCCCCAAAUCCUAAAACAAGGAAGUUACUCUUUUCUUGGAUAACUAAGGAUUUGAAACUCGGGUAUAUAUUCAGUGAGCUACAAAAUUCAUAGUAAUUUGGCCAAAAUAAUUAUUCACAGACUGGUGAGGGACCUACUCUUUGUUAAUAUAUGCAUAUUUUAAAAUUAGUAUUAAUAUUUUCCACAUUGAACUCUUUCUCAUCAUUCUAAGUACAUAUUAGUUGUUAGAUAUACUGAAAAAGUUAUAAUUUGGAUGACAUGCAUACUCUUCUGUAAAAAUAAAUGUAAAGUAGUAUUAGUGUUUAUAUUUGAUAUGUAUUAAAUGUCCUAUUAGACUAUUUAUAUUUCCUAUUGUCGUGUUUUAGAAAGAGUAUAUUUGAGUAAAAGAACCCAGCCCAAGAGGUUUCAUGCUAUAUGAUUCCAUUUGUUGGACAUUAUGGAGAAAAAACAGAAAACUGUAGGGAAAGAAUGCUUAACCAUUCCCAGUGAUUGCUAGGUUAAAGUUAGGGCUCAGGGAAGGAUUUGACUACAACAGAGUACUGAGGAAAUUAUUUGGAGUUUGAAUUUGAUAGUUAGCCACAUUUUAAUUCAAAGCCUUUGAAAUGAAUUACAUUUUAUGCACUCAUUCCUAAAAGCAGAUAAUUUAGGCUUGUAGCAUAUUUCUAGAAGGCACUGAGGGAGGAGGAAAAAGUUGGUGGCAGAUUAUUUGGAAGGGUAGGGAAGAAAAAGGAGGAGAAAUAGAAGGCAGAGGGAAAUAGGUAAAUAAAACAGGUGCAAAGUGCUAAGUACACUGAGUAUCAUUUCCUCAAAUAUAUUAACUUGACUUUAGAUUUAACCCCAAUAUUAGAUUCCACCAAACUUUUAAUCAUUUAGAGUUUUUACUGCAAAAACUCUUUAAUCCCUUUUAUUUUAGAUUUGGAAUACCGAAAUAAAAAUAGCUUUAUAUCUUCUUAAUAUUUAAUUUUUACUCCUUUGUUUUGUGUGUUGCAGAAACAUUCAAAAAAUUAAAUGAAGAUGUAAUUAUUAUGUCAGGGUAUUAUAGAAUAGAGGCGAAUACUAGGGAGACAGUCAUUCUUUAAUUUUAAGGUCUAUUUGCUCUACUUCUUUGCCUUUGCCUUUCUCUAAAAUUGUAGAUCAUUAUCUCAUAAUUCAGCUUUUUAAUAUAAAUGUUCAUAAUAUUAUAGCAAACGCCUUCAGUUUCUACCUCAAAACCAUUUUUUUUAGUCUGUUCUCACUUAAGGUAGAAUUUUCCAUGGCUAGGGGUAAGGUAUAUAGGAAUAGAGGAAAAGGGUAGCUACCCAGCCUAUCCUUGUGCUUAGGAAGUAAUAUAUAUAUUUUUGAGUUUAAGUACAGUAAAAUUAACCCUUUCUUAGUGAGCAGUUUUAUGAAUUUUAGCAUGUUUAUGAAUUCAUGAAACCAGAAGCACAACCAAGAUACUGAACAGUUCUCUAUCACCUCCAAAUAAUUUCCUCAGUAUUCCCUUUUAUAGUCAGAUCCUUCGCUGAGCCCUAACUUUAAUCUAGCAAUCACGGGGACGCUUCAGCAUUCUUUUCCUAUAGUUUUCUGUCAGAAUGCUCAACAAAUGGAAUCAUAUAGCAUGAAACCUUUUGAACUGGCUUCUUUUACUCAGCAUAAUGCAUUUUGAAUUUAUCAAGUUGUGCCUUUCUUUUGCUGACUAUUAUUCCAUUGUUUGUGUACACCCCAGUUUAUCCACUCAUUGAAGGACAAGUGGGUUUCCAGUU